UAAAGAACGACAUCACGAUAAUAGAACACUGCAAUGUUCCAGUUAUUCUCUACAUUCCUAUUCUUCGUACUCUUCGUUGCACCCAGCGAAAGUGCUUCCAAGCCUCACAUUCUGUUCAUUCUUGCCGAUGAUUUUGGUUGGAGUGAUGUCGGCUUUCACGGAUCCAAGAUUCAGACUCCUAACAUUGACAAGUUGGCAUCUGAAGGAGUAAUUCUUAACAAUUACUAUGUUCAGCCGAUCUGUACCCCUACUAGAGGAUCACUGUUGUCUGGACUCUAUCCUAUUCACUUGGGAUAUAGCACACAUAUGCUUGGAAAGUGGCAUCUAGGGUUCUAUAAUUGGGAAAGUACCCCAACAUAUCGAGGUUUUGAUACUUUCUAUGGUUUCUACAGUGGAGCAGAGAACCAUUAUACUCAUAUACAAGGCCACUACUUGGAUUUGCGUGACAAUAAAAAUAUUGUGGAUGAUAUGAAUGGAACAUAUUCUGUACAUCUUUUUACUAAGCAAGCAGAAAAAAUUGUCCAUUUACAUGAGCCGUCACAGCCGAUGUUCAUGUACCUAGCAUUUCAGAAUGUACAUAGUCCUGUACAAGCACCACAGGCAUAUAUAGACAGGUAUAGCUUUAUAGAUGAUCCAUUACGCCGUACAUAUGCUGGGAUGGUUACUAUUAUGGAUGAAGCUAUUGGAAAUCUUACAAAUGCUUUCAAAAAUGCAGGACUAUGGGACAACACCCUUCUUGUGUUCAGCACAGAUAAUGGUGGGGUACCUAAAAACGGUGGCUACGAUUAUCCUCUGCGAGGGAGGAAGGAUACAUUAUGGGAGGGAGGGAUAAGAGGGGUGUCUUUUGUACAUGGGUCACCCUUGGCGAGACGUGGAGUCAAGUGUAAUGGACUGAUGCAUGUAUCUGAUUGGUAUCCUACUCUUGUAAACCUUGCUGGUGGUAGUUAUGACAAGGAGACACUCGAUGGGUAUGACGUCUGGGAUUCUAUUUCCCUCGGCAAGCCAUCACCAAGAACAGAACUACUACACAACAUCGACCCUCUGCAGGAGAGUGACAAAGAUGAUGUAGGGUUUGGUUAUCAAGGCAUUGGGUUACGGGUUGGUGAUAUGAAGCUGUUGAUGGGCGUACCUAAUAUAUCAUACUUUAUACCACCUGAAGAUAGACCAAUAGACUACAUGGAGACUACACAAGAAAAUAAGGUCUCUAUUGAUUAUGUGGCAGUGGCGCUCUACAACGUCACUGCAGACCCGUACGAGAAAAAUGACUUGAAGGAUAAAUACCCAGACAUCGUUAAACAACUACAGGACCGUGUGGAAUUCUACAAGAAAACUGCUGUACCUCCGGCUAACAAACCAAACGAUCCACAGGCCAAGGAAACUGCUAAAAAGAAUGGUGCCUGGUCUCCUUGGUUGUAGUCAGCAGCCUGCGUGGCAGGCGUUCGUGGCUGGCACGCAGGCUAUGGCUGUAGUGUUUGCGAUGGCAAUAAUGGCUUGUUUCGAGGAGUACAGUAUUUCACUUGUCGUCCAGGGCACGGAAUCUUCACGCGUGCAAAAAAUAUACGCUUCAAGCAGAACAAAAGAAC